AUGAGAUCUCCAGCUCCAUUCCAGGAUCCAAGCCCAAAUACUGUCACACCCCACACCAUCCGACUCAGCCGCGUUAGUCCUCAAUCAUCGGUUGCGCAUGAGAUGUCAGGGGUUGUCUCACGUAGCGACAAGUCCAGUUCGUCCAUCUUCCAAAAGUUUGGCGGCGGCGUCCUCGCUCCAGUCUUUCAAAACACAGAGAUGGUUGGCGAAGUCACACUUGGAAACCAGACUAUGCGGCUCAUUUUCGACACUGGCUCAAGUGAUCUGUGGGUAGCGGGUGAAAAUUACCAGUGCCUCUCAUCAAACUUGACCGUACAAAGCAACACUGUCUGCAACUUCACCAACCCAUUCAAGGGCACUUACUCAGGAGGUGAAAUACGCGAUCAACAUCUUGACGUCAGAUAUGGUGGCGGCCAGAUUGUUAUAGGUAGUUUGGGAUACGAGUCCGUUUCUGUUGCCGGUCUUACUCUCCCCGACCUGGAGAUCUCUAUUGCCGAUUCCAUCAAUUUCCAAGCUCAGGGACAAGUCGACGGCUUGCUCGGCCUGUCUUACCCUCAAAUUACAAGUGCGUUUGCUGGCGCAUUUGCUGGCAAUGAAACAGUCAUUACUUCAGACACCCCAAAUGCUACACUUCCAUACAACAACUUCUUGACCAACAUUUUCCGAAAGAAUCUUACGGCACCUUUGUUCAGUAUUGCCAUGGAGCGUGGCAGCGGCGGAACUUUUGCUAUAGGAGGACUUCCCUCGGUACCCAUCACGCCUAAUUUUGUCAGCACUCCUAUCCUGAUUGCUGAUAUCGGAACUACUGGAGUCCCCGGCUUAAGGUCAAACUUUUCCUACUACACCAUUGUUGCAGAAAACUAUGUCGUCAGUGGUUCCAAAGGAAACGAUAGCAAGACUCCUGGAGCUGGUAUUUUCACUAUUGUCGACAGCGGUACAUUCCUUACGAUGCUGUCGCCAACCAUUACUAAACCCCUCUAUGAGGGAUUCCGCGAGGCACCAGUCUCUCCUCCCGAGGCUCUGGGCAAUUUCCUUGUGCCCUGCAACGCCACUGCACCUGAGUUUGGCAUCGAGAUUGCGGACCAGACUUUCUACAUGGCGCCAGAAGAUCUCAUCCUCCAGGAUAUGAGACUUGAUGACAUGUGUCUUCUGGGUGUCCAACCUACAACAGGUACCAGACCGUCUAUUAUUGGCGCGACAUGGCUGCAUAGUGUGCUGGCUGUGUUUGACGUUGGCGCUUCGCAAAUGCGAUUUGCCCCUCGCCUCCCAUACUAA